AUGGUUGCCUUUGGCUCGGUUUUUGAAGUGACUCUCUCAGAAGGAAAGAAAAUUCAAAGGGGGCGUACGCAACCAAUAUAGACUUCGCCGAGACUGACCACCUUCCCAAUCACAUUUUCACAUUAAUUCACAAAACCCAAAUAUUGCUUCCUAUUUCUAAUCUCUUCUCUUGGCUUCUCCGAAGUCCAAAGGCCAUAGUUUCUCUUCACCGGCAACAAGCGAAGAACCUCCCUUUCUUUCUUUCUCUGAGCACCUGAGGUCUUGAAGUGUUCAUUCAGUUAUGAGUUGUUUUUCCUUCUUACGUAGACGGGUGAACUCAUCAAGAAAACCCGGUUCUGAUGUAGAUGAAGAACUCUCUGGCAUUCCUGAUGUUAAACAAUACACUUACAAAGAGAUGAAAAUUGCAACUGAAGAUUUUAGUCCAGCCAAUAAGAUUGGGGAAGGUGGUUUUGGUUCUGUCUAUAAGGGACAACUUAAAGAUGGAAAAAUGGCUGCUAUUAAAGUUCUUUCAGCUGAAUCAAAACAAGGGGUGAAGGAGUUUUUGACAGAGAUUGACGUGAUCUCAAAAAUAGAGCAUGAAAAUCUAGUUAAGCUCUACGGCUGUUGUGUUGAAGAAAACCAAAGAAUUUUGGUCUACAACUACCUUGAGAAUAAUAGUCUUGCACAAACUCUUAUUGGUGGGGGUCACAGUAAUAUCCAGUUCAAUUGGCGAACUCGGCGUGAAAUAUGCAUCGGGAUUGCAUGUGGUCUUGCCUUCCUUCAUGAGGAAGUACGUCCACAUAUUAUUCAUAGGGAUAUCAAAGCAAGCAAUAUUCUCCUAGAUAGAGACCUAAUGCCUAAAAUUUCAGAUUUUGGUCUUGCAAAGCUUAUUCCACCCAACAUGACCCAUGUUAGCACCCGUGUGGCAGGAACAAUAGGUUAUUUGGCACCAGAGUACGCAAUACGAGGGCAAUUGACAAGGAAAGCAGAUAUUUAUAGCUUUGGGGUGCUCGUUGUGGAAAUAGUCAGUGGAAGAUGUAAUACAAAUACACGACUACCAAUUGACGAACAGUAUCUGCUUGAAAGGACAUGGCAACUCUACGAGCGGAGGGAGCUUGUUGGGCUGGUAGACACAUCAUUGGACGGUGAUUUUGAUGCCGAGGAAGCUUGUAGGUUUUUAAAGAUUGGCCUCCUCUGCACCCAAGACACUCCGAAGCUCAGGCCGUCGAUGUCAUCCGUGGUCAAGAUGCUAAGAGGUGAGAAGGCUGUUGACGAUAAUAAGAUAACAAAGCCAGGGUUAAUAUCUGAUUUCAUGGAUCUCAAAGUAAGACCCCCUCAGAGUACCAAGCCUGGUAGCACAAUGACUACUGCGUCUACCUAUAAUGCGUCCUCUGGUUCAGACAGCCAGGACAAUUCAACCUUGUCUUUAGAAACCUCAGCUGCUGCUACUUCCACCUUCAUUUCAUCCAUGUCAUCAGAAACCUCAGCUGCUAAUACUACGAGCUUCACCUUCCGCACCGUAUGAUAUGACCUCACAAAAUUUGCAGAUUUCAUUUAUUUUUAUCCCAUUUAGGUUUUUGGGGCCUGCUGUCUUUAUGUAAAUUGUAUAUUGUGUUUCUUUCUCUUUAAUUUUUUUUUUCAGCUAGACCCUUCUAGCCGGAGGUACUCUUUGUAAACGGGUCAAGGUUUGGUAAUUCAAAAAUUUUGAUGAUUUUGUUUU